AUGACACGAACAGUUGAUCAUGUCGAGACUGAUGCCAUCGUCAUCGGUGGUGGCUUCGGCGGCUGCAAUUCGCUGUACAAACUCCGGAACCUCGGUCUGUCUGUAAGAUUGAUCGAGGCCGGCAGUGCCUUUGGUGGCGUAUGGCACUGGAACCGCUACCCCGGUGCCCGCGUCGACACAGAAAUGCCAUCUUAUCAGUUCAAUAUCCCAGCGGUAUACAAAGGUUGGAACUGGUCUGAGCGCUUUCCCGGCGAUGAUGAACUACGACGCUAUUUCAAGCAUGUUGACUCUGUCUUGGGGUUGAGCCACGAUACUUUUUUCAAUACCGUCGUGACUAGUGUGCAGUAUGAUGCUACAACUCGUCGCUGGAAUAUCUCUACGGAUACUGGCCUCACGGCCUCUUGCAAAUAUCUCGUCGCUGCGACCGGAUCUUCUUACAAGAAGCACUUCCCUCGAUUCAAUGGCUUGGAAAAGUAUGGCGGUCAACUAGUUCACGCUGCAGAUUAUCCCAACAAGCUGAAUGUGAAGGGAAAACGAGUUGGGGUUGUUGGCAACGGCGCUUCCGGCCUCCAAAUCAUCCAGAGCCUUGCCAAGGAGGAUUGUGAGCUUACGGCUUUCAUUCGCACACCUUGCUUUGCCAUCCCGAUGAAGCAACGAUCCAUCCUACCUGAAGAGGCUGAAAUGCUCAAAGGUUAUUACGACUGUGUCUUUGAUCGAUGCUACAGCUCUGCCUCUGGCUUUCCACACAACACCCGGUUCCAGUCUGCGCAUCAAGCAACACCAGAGGAGAGGAAGGAACUUUUUGAUGAGCUUUGGGAGCGUGGUGGAUACAGCUUCUUGGUAUCGAAUUACUACGAUUUUUUGCUCGACGAGAAGACCAAUGCUAUAUUCUAUGACUAUUGGGUCCAAAAGACCCGUGCCCGCAUGACGAAUCGCACGAAAAUGGACCUUGUCGCACCGUUGAAGCAGCAUAUGCUAGUUGGAACCAAGCGACCAAGUCUGGAGCAAGACUACUAUGAGAUGAUUGACCGGUCCAAUGUCACCUUACACGAUCUGAAGACCGAGCCAAUUGUCGACUUUGAUCACGCUGGCAUGGUCACAGGCAAUGGCGAGAAAACUCAGCACCACGAUUUUGAUGUAUUGAUCUUUGCUACUGGCUAUGAUGCCGUCACAGGUAGUUUACUGGACCUCGCGAUCGUGGACAAGAACCAGGUACCUCUUACCGAGAAAUGGAAAGAUGGUGUCUUGACCUAUUUGGGACUAAUGAUUCCCGAUGCUCCCAAUCUCUUCAUGGUGUAUGGCCCCCAGGCUCCAACGUCCUUGGCCAACGGGCCGCCUUUCAUUGAGAUGGAAGUCGAUUGGAUUUGCAAGACCAUUUCUAAGAUGCAAGAGAGAAAUAUUGGGUCCAUUGAGCCAACGCAAAAAGCUGCCGAGGCGUGGCGAGAGCAGGUUGUUGCUGUCAGUAGUCACACAUUGUAUCCCAAGACAGACUCUUGGUACAUGGGGGCCAACAUUCCAGGGAAGCGACGAGAACCACUCAUCUAUCUUGGUGGUAUGCAAAGCUGGUGGAAGAGUUGCACAAGCGCUCUAGAGAGUUGGGAAGGUUUCACGGCAUACGCUUGA